AUGGGCAAUUCUAUCUCACGAACUCGUGAGAGGGUUGAGAUCAAUACGAGAAGAGUUCUCAGAAGAUUCAGAAGAUCUUCGUCCCGAGAGGAUCUUCGUCCUGAGACUCUUCUUCCACAGUUGCCUGACCCGGAAUUCUCUAUCCCUCGGACCUUGCCUUUUGUUUUCAAUCGUUCUGAACAUUUCAACGAUGUGCUUGUCGGCAAUGAAAAUUCAUCGGUCCGAAGAAUUAGAUUGCCUAUCAGAGUCCCACCACCCGUCUGCCCUCGUUGGUCGGGUUCUGUUCUGAGUAAUGGGUUGGAUCGUCCAUUCGCUCCACCUCCCCCAGAUGUCUUCCUAGACGAAGGAAGUCUCCUCCCGCCACCUCUCCUUCCUCGACGCCGAACGAAUACUACUCCUCCACCUCCAGUUCCACCCCGAAGAAGCUCGCUCCAUCAGCCAUCAGAUCAACUAUAUUUGUCCCUCCAGCAGCAGAUUGCAAUUGACGAGUCGUCUGAUGAAGAAUUGUCAGACGAUACGUCUGAUGGGGAAUUUUUCUACGAGUCGUCGGAUGAAACAUUUUCCGAGAUGUCGUCGUCGGACGAAGAAUUGUACGACGAGGAGAGCGUUGUUUCCAAUGAGAACGGACUAGAACAUGCCAUUCCGGAAGACCUAAUCUCGAUUUCCAGUGAGGAUGAGGAAGUGCCAGAGGAUCCAAAACCAUCAACGAGCAACGGUAACUAA